CACUUAAAAAAUAUCCCGGCAUGCUCUGCGCUUUGAGCUUCUCUCCCCGACGCGCAUACCUUCCCAAAGGAGAAGGGGUGCGCGCGCGCGCGCGCGCGCAACUGAAUAACCGCCUACCGCCUUUGCAGCUGCUCUUUGAGGGCGAGCCGGCGAACUGACCUUCGCCUCCUCUGCCGCGGCUUGCUUGUUUGGCCGCCUGCGCGCCGUUCCUUCCUAACCUGCCUCAGCCGAAGCCGGCGGCGGUGGGAGGACCCAGUUGGCCGGCUUUGCCCAGCUGUAGCGCCCGGCAGCACUGACCCAGAGAGAGAUUUCACAGGGUGAAAAGGCCUUUCUGUACUGAAGAUCAAACAAGGAAAAGGAAAGAUGUGGACUUCAAUCGCUAAAUACUUGUUAAGAACCAAAGUCCACCAAGACUGUUCUCGAACCCUGCUGCAAGCACAAAACAGCAAGCGCAGCCAUCAAAAACAUUUCUCCCUGAGCAGGAGGCCCUGGCAGCAUUCAAUGCCGGGGACAACACAGAUGGCUCAGGCCUUCAACAUGAGUGCAGCCAUCCAUAAAGUGGAAACUCUGGAGGCAAAUCAGUUUAUCUGUGUCCACUGGGAAGAUGGGAGCAAGAGCCUUUACCCUUCUGUGUGGCUGCGAGACAAUUGCCAGUGCCCAGAGUGUUUCCUGCACUCUGCUAAAGCAUGCAAACUACUUCUUGAAAAUCUGGAUGUCAAUGUUGGGGCCAAGGAUGUCACUUUGGCACAGAGGGAGAAAAAGGUAUGCAUUGUAUGGCCAGAUGACCACACCAGUGAAUUUGAGGCUGAAUGGUUGAAGAAGAGAUGUUUUUCUGAACAAGCAAGAGCAAAAAUGCAGGAAGAAUUAUUUCUAUCAGAACGUCAAUACUGGGGUUCUGAUCUUCAGCUGCCAACUAUGGCCUUUGAAGAGGUCUUACAGAGUGAUGAAAGUGCAUACAAGUGGCUGGCCACCCUUAAAAGGACAGGGAUCGUGCUCUUAACGGGAGCUGCCAGCAGACAGGGAGAGCUGCUUAAGCUUGGGCAACGUAUUGGAUUCCUUCGCCUCACAUUUUAUGGGCCCACGUGGCAAGUUCAAGACAAAGUGGACGCGAACAAUGUGGCUUACACAACUGAAAAGCUGAGUUUGCAUACUGAUUACCCUGUUCUUCAGUUUCCACCUGGGAUUCAGUUACUCCAUUGUAUAAAACAGACGUCUACUGGGGGAGAGAGUGAAGCUGUGGAUGGAUUUCAUGUAGCAAACAAGCUUAAGGAACAAAACCCUCAAGCCUUCCGUAUCCUAACCUCCACCUAUGUGGACUUCACAGAUAUUGGGGUUGAUUACUGUGAUUUCUCCAUGCAGUCCAAACAAAGAAUUAUAGAUGUGGAUGAGAAAGGUGAAGUGGUUCGUAUCAACUUCAACAAUGCAACCAGAGACACAGUAUUUGAUAUACCUGCUGAGAAAGUAAAGCCAUUUUAUGCUGCUCUCAAGGACUAUGUUGAUUUAUUAAACAGCAAGGAUAAUAAAUGCAUCUACAAAAUGAAACCAGGUGAAAUAGUAGUGUUUGACAACUGGCGUUUGCUUCACGGUCGGCAGAGUUACGAAGCAGGAACGGAGAUAUCCCGUCACCUUGAAGGCGCUUAUGCAGACUGGGAUGUGGUGAUGUCAAGGCUCCGAAUUUUGCGAAAGAACAUUCUGAGCAGAAAGUAACCCUUGAAAGUUUGACUACUGGGGACUUGCAGCCUGAGCAGGUGUGGAGUAGCCUUCAACGGAUCCACUAGGUUUCCAGUGUUCUCAGGGAAUUCCUGGCUGUCUUCGCUCCCCUGUUAAAACAAUGUUGACUUGAGUGGUUAGCAUAACAGCAUGUAAAUGGCCUUUCCUGCUGACAACAGCCUGGCCACACUUCCUGUUUUUUCCAGAGAUUUACAGGCAAGGAAGCAACUAGGAUAACAGGGCAAGAAGAGGUGGAGAAUUUGCAACAAGUAUUGGAGCCCAUCUGAAAGCUUAUGCUUUGUCAAUGAUAUUGCCAAAGAAACCAGAAUGGGCAGGGGGCUUUCUGGUAAUGGUGUCUACUUUGUGGAAUACCCUCCCCAUUUAAGUCCACAUGGCUAUAUCACUGCUGGUUUUGUUCAGCAGGCUUUUGAAGGGUACUGUUCAUUGUUUUCAUUUGGCUGUGUCUUUUAUACUUUUUAAAAUGUUUUAUUGAUUUGGGUGGGUUUUUAAAAAAAUAAACAUUGAUUUUUCUUGUGUAAGCUAUCAUGAGUUUACUGUUUAUUAUUAUUCUAAAGACAGGCUAAAAAUGGUGUUGAUGACAACAGUAUCAACCACCACCACCAGUUAUCAGGUUUUUACAAUAUAAUAUGUGGGUCUCCCAUUUGCCUGCUGCAUGGAGAGCAACACAUUUUUAUCUUCUAAUCAAGUCUCAAAAGAUUAUCUGAAAGGCAAACUGAUACUACUUUUCUUUUAAAAUAGUAAUAAUAAACAAGCACAGGGUGACUGCAAACCAAACAGAAAGUAUGACAGUGAAAAAUGUAUGUUUUGCACCAUAAUGGAAUUCCUGUGAUGUACAGAACUGGCAACUGUUUUCUUCCAUGUUUCCCACUUCAACUAGUUCACUAUUGCAUCAGUGAUGCUGGCAUUCUUUUAAGCUCAUUUCAUAUUAAUGCUUCUUUGCUGGAUGAAACCGAGAACUUGUGCCUUGCCCUUUUACUGAAGUGGACUUAGAAGAAUUAGGGUGCAUUGUAUACCUGAAGGAGCGUCUCCACCCCCAUCGUCUCCACCCCCAUUGUUCUGCCCGGACACUGAGGUCCAGCUCCGAGGGCCUUCUGGCGGUUCCCUCACUACGAGAAGCCAAGUUACAGGGAACCAGGCAGAGGGCCUUCUCGGUAGUGGCACCCACCCUGUGGAAUACCCUCCCACUAGAGGUCAAAGAGAACAAUUACCAGACCUUUAGAAGGCAUCUCAAGGCAGCCCUGUUUAGGGAAGCUUUUAAUGUUUGAUGGAUUUCUGUAUUUUAGAAUUUCUGUUUUGUUGGAAGCCACCCAGAGUGGCUGGGGGAACCCGGCCAGAUGGGCGGGGUAUAAAUAAUAAAUUAUUAUUAAUUAUUAUUAUUUAUUAUUAUUAUUAUUUUGUUGUACUGACUCUGGUUGUUUUCAUUCUAGCCCUGUUGCCCUACAUUGGUCCAGAAUUGCAAUCCCUUGUUCACUCUGUUUUUUUAAAAAACAGAGCCAUCCAGAUGAUGUCAUUGCUAGUCCACUACUUGCCAGUGUUUUCUGAGUGGUCCUCCUGGUUUGGUUUUAAGGCCUGAUUUGCACUGGUUUCCCCGCAACAUGUAACAGAAUUGAAGAGCUAGCCUUUUAUGGACGGACUAGCAAAUAACAACGGAUACUCCUGGCAGGAGGUGGGUCUAUGACUUUACUAUGGUAAUGUUCUUGGAGAUUUCUUGUUGGACUGCCAACUGGUGCUCCUUCUCCAUUACUUCUAAAAAGGCAUUCACAGUUGCAGGCAACUACCAGUACCUCCAUCUCCGUCACCUCAGUGGCUCUGCACUUCUUCAUGCAGCAUAAUGGAGGCAUCCCACAACCAGAGGUUCUGUCAUAAAAAAGAGCCCUAUCUAGUUCCCCUUCUAGGUUCUGCCUUUUGUAAAUUGGCCACACACACAUCCUCUUGUUGACACUCUGUCAGCCACCAAGAGAAACACUGCCACUUCUAGGAAGGCCUUAGUUUCCAUCCCUGAAAAAUCACUGAAGUUAAAGCAGUGGAUGCAUUUUGGCUCACCUUCACUUAAAAAAAGAGAGAUUAAAACCCAUUGUGAUCCACUGAUUACCGCUGCUGUUUAUUUCAUUUAUUGUUUUAAAGCAUUUUGCCCUGCUCUUUAGCCAUAAAAUCAAUCUAAAAGGCAUGACACCAAAGUCAAAAUGGCUUUAGGAUGAUAUAGGAAGAGGAAAACAAGCAAACAACGGCACCGAUUCUUAAAGUUACAGGGAGAGGAGGAGCUGAAAGGAGCUGGUCUCUCAGCAGAGCCAGUAGAAUGGCAUUGCUCUCCAUCUCCCAUUCUUUUUCAGCCUGUUGGAAUAGCAGCAGUGCAUGGUGGGGGGAUGGGAGGAUGGGGACAGAGUGUGAGCAGAAGUAGCAGUGCCUUCUCAGCAGAGAAGAUGCUGCUUUUACCAGGAUGGAACGAGACAACAGCGAAGUUGGAGGACCUCUGUGUUGGUGGCAGAAAGCUAAAGGGACCCCUGACCAUUAGGUCCAGUUGUGACCGACUCUGGGGUGUGGCGCUCAUCUCGCGUUAUUGGCCGAGGGAGCCAGCGUACAGCUUCCAGGUCAUGUGGCCAGCAUGACAAAGCCACUUCUGGGGAACCAGAGCAGCACACGGAAACGCCGUUUACCUUCCUGCUGUAGUGGUACCUAUUUAUCUACUUGCACUUUGACAUGCUUUCAAACUGCUAGGUUGGCAGGAGCUGGGACCGAACAUGAGGAGCUCACCCCAUCGCGGGGAUUCAAACCGCCGACCUUCUGAUUGGCAAUCCCUAGGCUCUAUGGUUUAACCCACAGUGCCACCCGUGCCCCGUUGGUGGCAUAGUGACAUCCUAAAAGUAUAUGUGAAUGUGCAGGAAAAUGAGGAUACCAACCCAAAUCUCUCCUGACCUCACUGCCUCCUUAUCUUUCUUACCCCCCCCCCAAGCCUGAUAAUUGCAGUGCCUCCACCAAGAAGGCACCACUGCCACCCUGCUCUCCUUGACACACCACCGCUGUGAUGGGUCAUUGAGCAAACUUGCCUGAAUUCACCUGGCAGUACAGCUGUGGCUGAUUACAACCAACAGCAGUGUAAGGCAUCUAUCCAGCCCAAAAAGACUUUUCCUAAAUGUGAGCACUUCAAGACUCAGUUUAAUAAAUGCUAUUAUUUCCCCUCCUUUUCGUAGUAGAAUGAGCUAAAGUCACAGUUAAGAUUUACAUUGGAAUCUGGAUUUGAGAAUGCAAGCUGAGCCCCAAGCAAUACAAAAGAAUGGCUUUUCCUUCCUGCUCUGAAUUUUGGCAUCACUUUAGAGUUUGAUAUAAUACAGCACGAGCUGAUGUGACAUAACAUAAACAUUGGCUUCUAAUUGCUACUCGAUCCCCUUAAUUCCUCUCUUAUUUUCCAUCCAAACAGUUUUAUGUUUUCUAAUCUGUGUGUAUUAAAACAAUUUUCCAGUGGUCUUGCUCAUUUAACUGCAAGUCAACUUUUCUGUGUUUACUGUGUGCUUUCCUACAGCAAAACCAAAAAUUCUUAAGUUUGAUUCAGCCUUUCAACCCCAAAGCUUCCUGAAAACCACUUGGUUGUGUGUUUAUGCAUUAAUAAACUCUAGUUUUGGAACCAGUUAUCCGAUUGGAUUUUUGCCUACUUGCAAAAACACAUUCCCAGCUAUAAUCAUGCCUUGCACAGAUGCUAAAAUAAAGAUAACUCUGGAGGAAGACUACUUUAGAGGUAAUCAUGGAAAGCCUUUUUGCUAAACUUGUAGAUAUGCACGGCUGUGAUAAGAUUUUGAUUUGUUCUAAACAGAAAGCUGCUCGGCUACAUGAAGGGAAAUUGUGGCUCAGCCAAAUCUAUGAGGAUUGCUUUUGGUGGGAUAUCCACUGUUGCAAGAAUGGUGUUCCUUCAGAGUGGGUUUUACUAAUGUUAGUGUAGUAGGACUGUUUUUUUCAAAUACUUCAUGGCAUAGAUAAGAAAUUUACCCCGUGGCAUUUGCCUUGUGGACAUCCUCUCCUGCCCCCAUUUGUCAAUCUAAGUGAUUUGAGGUAAAUGGAUUUGUGAUUUCCAGUUAGUCAACAAUGACAGCAGCAACAACAUGGUGUGAAUUUUGUAGGCUGGUUGGGUUUUGGGUUCAGAAACUCUGAAUUAGGUAGAUUCACCUCUGAAUGAAGUGAACUGAAAUGAAUCUCUUCCCCCCAUUCCCAGACUCUUCUUAUUUGGUAGUUGUUUCAGGAGCAGAGUAAAUAGCAAUGUCUGGAUCAGGAGGACACAGUUUCUUUUGACACACAGUUCUUCCCACAAGCAGCUGUCUUGAUAUUUUAUAUCCCAGGGAAGGGCAGACGUCAGGCUUGAGGCAUUUCCUUUGUUUUUUAACUAGAAUCUUAAUAUCCACCAGCAGGAGCCAGGUGCAGAAUAGAUACACUUAGAAAAAAAAAAUUAUGAGCCCAGGAAUUUGUUUUGAUACCAGAACUGAGCAGAGCUCACAGUUGUUCCACACAAAAGCCCAGACCUGGUUACCUCCACAUCCAGUCACAGGUUAUGCCCCUUAGCAUCCCUCCUUUCAAGUGAAAUCACAGUAACAGAAUAUACAUAGAACUAGCUUGCUACACCCUGAUGACUAGAUAAGCCUGGCAACGGAAGCCUUUUGCUAUCUUAGUUUAAACUGGGGACACAAAGCAAUGACCCCAUACCCAACAUGGUCAUGGGGUUGGGAUUGCACCAUGGAUAAACAGCUCCCAUGCCAUUUUGUGUAUGCACAAAUGGGAACUCAAGGUGGCAAUUGUUCUGUUAUUUCCAUCAUGCCAUUGAGCUGCAAAUCCUACCUAAAGCUUAGUCUGAAUCUCCACGGAGCAUUCUGAGGAGUGCAACUCAUGCUUGUCAGCAUAAACAUGCUUCCGAAAUAUUGACGAUAAAAAACAUUUUGAAUAUCCUACACAUGCCUGGAUCUUAACCUCAGGUACUUUGUCUGUACUAUACAGCGCUAGCCUUUUGCUGUCCUUCGGGUUUGUAAAUGGCAAGGAAGGGUUUCCAUCUAGUGGCUUCAUAAGGUAAUUGUACACAAUUUAUAGGAUACCUGUGAAGAAACUGGAGGGGCUUUAGAGAAAGCUGAACGCUCCUUUUACUGUGUCAAAGGAAGUGGAGAGUUAUAUAACUACCCCCUUCCUCUGUCUCUGCAGAGGAACAAAGCAGUUUAAGAGCAAAGUUAUUUCUCCUUCUCACCUCUUUUCUAGGGAGGAGCAGAGACGUGCAUUGACUUCUCCUCUUUUUGUUCCAGUAAGUUCGUCUGCAAUCAAAGCUCAGCUUGUCCCUCUGCUCACCCCUCCCAGCUCAGCUGGCUUUCCAGCCGUGCAGACCUCCACCUGCUGACCGAUGGUCUACUGGUGGCAUCCCUCCCAGUCUGGAGGAAAGCCCCCAAACAGGGCAUUCUGGGGGUGGGUUGAGGAUGCACCUGAGCCAGGCUAGGAGUCAACUGGUCCCCAAGUUGCUUGCACAACUGACACUAGUCAACAUCAGGCCCAAGCUUCCAUCCAUACACACGCAGUAGCAGAUGCCUAUGGGAAUCCUGCAUGCAGGACCUGACUGCAACAACACACUCCCAACUUCUCCCAGUAACUGGUUUUCCGAUGCAUCCUGCCUAUGACAUCUUCCAUGAAUGUGUCUAAGCUUUUAAAGUCAUCUAAUGGGAGCACAUUCCGCAGUCUGACUAUGCUCUGUGUGAACAAGUGCUUUGCCUCCCAUUACAACAGUCGGCUCCAUUGAUUGCUCCUGGGAUCUAGUGUUACGAGAGGUAAGCAGAGAUAGACUCCCCCUUGUCCAUUUUCUGAACAUCAUGCAUAACCUUAUACAUCUCUAGCAUGUCCACCCUUACUCGCUUUUCUUUAUGAACUAAAAAGCCAUAAAUACUGCAACCUCUCUCUCACACGAGACUUGUUCCGGCCCCUUAGCCAUUCUGGUUGCCUGUUUCUGAACCUACUGGCUACUUGCAGUUGUAAAGGGGAUUUCUUUAUACCGCAUGAAUGAAGGAAGCCUCUUGAUAAAGGCAAGCCACAGCAGUUGUGAGUUCUACAGGGUGUAGGGUGCUGCUGAAUUUUUCUAUCUUCCUUGUAUUACAUAGAGCCCUCAAGUCUUAAAAUGGCAUCAGUAAAUGUUCUCACACACCCCUAAUAUUAGUAACUAGAGAAGAAGCAGCUCAUUACACCUCUUGCUGUUCGGAACAUGGCAACAACAUUACAGAUUUCUUUGAGGAUGUCAACAUGUAAACCAAAUGAAAAUUCACACAAAGGCGAAAGAAAUGGAGUAUCCUAGGUAUUUAUAGUCAUGGUCUCAUUGAGACAUUUGAAAUGAGCCAGAUUUUCCAUUAGUAUGGAAAUUAGUAUGGAAAUCUCCACUGGCCUUCAAAAGACAGUGUUAUUUAGGACUAUGGGAUAUUUAGUACUACCAUUUUCACUUUGUUUUCUAUUAAUGUCAAAGAAUUAAUGUUAAAGAAAGAAAUAUAGAAACCUGUGCAAUAAAGGAAAUGCAUUUUCUCAUUAAUCUACAGAACCAUAAAAGUAGAUUACUCCCUACAAAUCACUGCACAACUAUUAGCAAUGAUAAUUAUUUCCCCAUUUGCAGUUUUAAGGACCUAGCCUAGGGCAUAUACAGAGCAGUGGAGAAACAGGAAAUCAAUCAAUAGGGUGACUGCACCUUUGUGCAUAGUUUCCAUGGCAAUCCAGUGCAUUUUUGCUACUUCUCAAGGUGGUUCUCGACCUCUAAACGCUCAAACGUCACAGCACCAGGUCACCAUUGAAACAGACAAGUUACUGUAAAUGCAAUCACACAUUUAACCUCACAUUGAUGCCUUUGAAAACAGAUCUUCUAUAGCAUGUUCCACCACUGGUGGCUUUCUUUUUUCUUUGUUUCUACAGCUUUACCUUUGGAUUUUUAAAGUUCAAAAAGUUUUCUUUUCUUUUCUAUAUUGUUUGUUAACACCAUCGUUGUUUGGCCUCACACCAAUAUUUUCUUCAACUUGGCACCUCUGACCUGAGGCAAACCACAAAACGCCCCCCGCUGCCAGAGAAGAAACCAUGAGUGAAAAUCUAUGGCAGGAGCAAGGUAGGAAUAAAGCAGUGUUUCUCAACCUUUUUUGGGCCAAGGCACACUU